GAAAUCAGUUUGCAGCUACUGACAGUAGGAAGGAACAUAUAAGUUGUGUAUUACAAACAAGAAGAGCCAAAGGAACAGGCUUGGAGAAAUGAAGUUAAAAGGAUUAGAUGGAGCUCCUGAAUAGAAGUGAAAGAUCAACGUCAUUUCACUAAAAUGGCUUCGCGACAGCCUUUCACUGCAGAUGACUUCAGUAUCUACUAUGUCCUCACAGAGUGCACAGAUCACUAUGACCCCUUUCCAGUUAACGAGGCUGAUGAGAACCGGCCCCAUUUCCAGGGCGUGACUGGUCUGCGGAACCUGGGCAACACAUGCUACAUGAAUGCCAUCUUACAGUGUCUCUGCAGCAUCUCACCACUGGUGGAAUACUUUCUCUCUGGAAAGUACAUUACCGCUCUUCAAAAGGAUUGCAGUGAGGUUGCCACUGCUUUUGCCUAUGUGAUGACAGAUAUGUGGCUUGGAGACUCUGACUGUGUCUCACCAGAAAUAUUUUGGUCAGCUCUUGGCAAACUCUACCCAGCAUUUAUGAAAAAGACGCAGCAAGAUGCUCAGGAAUUCUUGAUUUAUGUCCUGAAUGAACUUCAUGAAACUCUGAAAAAGUACCACCGAAGAAGAGCAUAUGAAAAAAGAUCUAUUCCGAGAUUCUGCAGGAAGAUGAUUGCCAACGAGUCCUCCAUCAUCACCCGGCUGUUUGAAGGGCAGCUCAAUUAUAGCAUCAUAUGUUUAAAGUGUGAGAACUGUACCUACAAGAAUGAAGUCUUCACCGUCCUCUCCCUCCCCAUUCCAUCCAAAUACGAGUGCUCUCUUCAGGACUGUCUCCAGUGUUUUUUUCAACAAGACACACUGACCUGGAACAACCAAAUUUACUGUUCCUUUUGCGAAACCAAGCAAGAAACAGCUGUGAAGGCCAGUAUUUCUAAAGCACCAAAAAUAAUUGUCUUUCACUUAAAAAGGUUUGACAUCCUGGGUACAAUGAAAAGGAAACUGAGCACAGAUAUUCAUUACCCGCUCACUAACUUGGACCUUACUCCUUACAUUUGUCCAGUUUUUCGGAAACAUCCUAAAUAUAACCUCUGUGCAGUGGUGAACCACUUUGGUGAUCUGGAUGGUGGCCACUACACUGCUUUCUGCAAAAACUCAGUGACUCACGCCUGGUAUAACUUUGAUGACACACGAGCCAGUGAGAUUCCAGAUACUUCAGUUCAAACCGCUACAGCAUAUCUCCUGUUCUAUAGCUGCCAGCCCUUUUCUAUACCUAUACAAAAACGCAAGAGCUAGGAAAAUGGUGUUUCCUGAAAAUUGCAAAACUAGCAAUUAGAACCUAGUACUUACUUAAGUUUUGCUUUGUCAUUAAAACUCUUGCAACUUACUUGCAUCACUGACAUUUUUAAGUCUUUCUGGCA